CUGUGUCUCGUACCCACACGCGAACAUCACGCUCCGAUUUAUUAAAUCAAAACCCGUGGAAAAAUGGCAUACAAAGCCCUCGAAAGUGUUGUGCAAGGAUUAGUAGGUACCGUAGCAUCACUUACGACUAAAGUUAGUGCAUUGGAAACAUUAAUUUGUGACCAAAAUGCCCUAAUAAAAACCCAGUCACUUGCAAUUAACCAACUUGUUUUGCAAAGUACCUCCAAAACAUCGAGCACCACGCAGUCAGCAGCGGCUACAGCGCCACCGCAGCAAACAACGCGCCCAACACGCAAAAAAGCUACACCCACGAUUAGCGCUGCAGCCGCUGUCCGUGUUGGAAACCGAACAGCCAAUGCUAGCGCUAGCCCGGCGCUCACUUCGCGUAAAACGACUUUGUCCGAAGACGGCCGACAAACACCGAUCGCCACUCCACCAACGACGCCCUCAACACCAAUAACGGCCAUUACUAAUAACCUCGACAACGUUCCAAAUGAAAAACCGAAUAAUAACGAAAAAUGGACUACGGUCAGCCGACGCAAACGGAAGCCAUCAAUUGCUGCCAUCCAGGGCUCGGCACAAAAUACGACCAUCAAAGGAGUUGAUGUUCACAAACAUCUCCACGGUUGCUUCUUCAAGAAAUCGACGAAACCAGAGGAUGUAAUUGAACACCUCCGUGGAAUCCACGCAGAAGGAUGGUGCUGAUAUCCUGUGCCUAACUGAACACUGGCUUGAAACCUACCAACUACGUCAAGUGAACAUACUUAACUUGAAGCUAUGCGCCCAGUACUGCCGACCGUCCAGGGAAGGAGGGGGAGCAUGCAUCUACUCCAGGCCUUCACUGCUUACAAUCGAGCGAAAGGAAGUCGCUGAACUCUCCGUUGAAAUGCAUUUUGAAGUCUGCGCGGCUGAAUGUGUCGGUUUGGACCUGAUAGUGGUAUGCAUCUACCGCCAACCUAAAGGUGACUUAUCAUUAUUUUAUUCUAAAUUAAACGAAUUGUUUUCACUUAACACUAUUCAAAACUAUAAAGUCAUAAUCAUGGGUGACAUAAACAUUAAUCUUCUAGUAAAAUCAACUCAUUCUAAGUGUUUAAUUGAUAUUGUAAAAUCAUCAGGUUUUAUCUCUGUGAUUAACUUUCCAACAAGAAUCACUGAAACUUCUAAAACAUGUAUCGAUCACGCUUACACUAACGUACUAAAGUCUGAUAUUUUAUUAAAUGAAAGUAUAAACUUGAACAUUUCUGACCAUUUAGGUGUAAUACUAAUUUUAAACUUAUAUAAUAACUGUAAAAAAAACAACCCUACGUCCCAAACGCGUCUAUUUUCAGAAUGCAAGAUAAACGCUUUUACAAAUGCCUUAUGCAUGUAUGACUGGGAUUCAUUGAUGAAAAAAUAUCUUUGUCCUGGUGAACAACUCAACUCUGUAAUUAAUAUAACUAAACACAUGUAUGAUGUACAUUUUCCAAUUAGAAUUUAUCCGUCAAAGAGUUCCUCUAGUGCAUGGGUGAGCGACCGCGCCAGAUCCUUACGUAAACAAAUAUCUUCAAAAAAACAUGAAUUAUUAAAGCCGAAUUGUAACAUACAAACUAACGUUCAAUUACUUGAUCUUGAAAUUAAAUAUAACUCCGAGUUAUACAAUUCCCGAAAACAAUUUCUAAACAACUCGAUAACAAAAUAUGACGGCAGCAACAUGUGUAAGAAAGUAUGGCAAGUGAUCUCAUCCGAGACCUGCCGCACGGGUAACAACAAUGCACUAAACGUACUUGUUAGCAAAACCUCGGUAGAUACUGUAGACAGCGAAGGCGCGCGCGACGCCGCGGCUGCCACCGCCGCCGCCUUAAACCGAUUCUACAUAGAAGCAAAUAAUAACUCUGCUAAGCCGGAAAUAAAUAAGGCAAUCACAUUUUUAAAUACCUACUUACCAGACCAAAUACCAACAAUUUCAUUUAAAUGUUUUACUUUACUUGAUAUAUUGAAAGUAGUCAAAAACAUCAAACGUAAAAAAUCAAAAGACAUAUAUGACAUGUCUACUCUGGUACUUGACUAUUUACCCCCUGUAUUAAUAUCACUACUAUGUCAUCUAUUUAACGAGUGUGUACAGUGCGGUAUUUACCCCGAAGCUCUGAAAAUAAUAAAGGUUCAACCUGUCUAUAAAGGGAAGGGCGACAUGCAUAUCCUUAAAAACUUUAGACCAAUAUCACAAAUCCCAAUAAUAUCUAAGAUAUUUGAGAAUCUAAUCAGCCAACAACUCAUGUUAUUCUUCAACACAAAUAAUCUCCUAAACAAGCAGCAAUACGCAUACCAAGCCGGGCGAUCCACUGUGCACGCUGCUCGCGAUGUCUUAACCAAACUAAUGAGUCACCUGGACGCCGGCCGACAAGUCGCCGCCAUAUUCUGCGACUUAUCCCGCGCCUUCGAACUUGUCGACCAUUCACUAAUCCUAAACAAACUCAAACUGUACGGUGUUAAUGGUUAUUUUCUGGAAACCAUUGCAUCUUUUUUACACGAGCGUAAACAGAGCACACGCGUUAAUAAUGCACAAUCAAACUUAGAAACAAUAGGCCCCUGCGCUGUCCCCCAAGGAUCGGUAAUGGGCAAUAACCUGUUUCUAAUCUUAAUCAAUGACCUAACUACAGCGUCUGAAAACGUAGAUUAUGUUCUUUUUGCCGACGACGGUUGUGUAAUUGUUAACGCCGAAAGUUACGAACAACUUAAAUCUAAACUAAAUAAAACUAUCAGCGACCUAUCUAACUGGUUCGCUGCCAACGGAAUGGCGUUAAACGUUGAAAAAACAAACAUAAUUCACUUCCAAAUGAGAAAAACCAGAGGCCAUGAACUGAACAUCGUUUGUAACAACUUAUUAGUCCCUCAAGUCGACACAGUCAAAUACCUAGGAUUCACCUUUGAUUCCGGCCUGACGUGGAUACCGCAAAUUGACAAUAUUUGUUCUAAACUAUCAUCAGCCUCUUAUGCUCUUAGCAGAUUAAAACCUACAUUGUCUGAAGAUAACAUGAAAAAAGCCUACUUUGGAUAUUUCCACUCAAUACUAAGUUAUGGUGUCGAUAUCUGGGCCAACUCAACUGAUGCAGGACGUGCUUUCAGAUCUCAGAAACGUGCACUGCGCAUAAUGGCGGGCGUACCUUGGGACACCCCAGCAAAGCAACUAUUCAUAAAACUCAAAAUAUUAACGCUGCCGUGUCUAUACAUAUUAGAAAUAGCUAAAUACGUAAGGCGUAAUCUUAGCCUUUUCCCAACAAACAAGGAUGUUCGUCCAAACACCUGCCCUCGCCGUGAAGAUAAGCUGUACUGUCCCGGCUGCAGGCUAACUAAGUCUAAUAAACUCAUCCAUAUAAUAGGACCAAAAAUAUAUAACGUAAUCCCUGAUGUCAUUAAAAACGAAACAAAUGAGGCCACCUUUACAAAAAAACUUAAAAAUAUGUUGCUUAAUUCGGCAUGCUAUACUAUAAAUGAGUUCUUUGACCUCACCUCGCCAACCCAUGCACUAUUGGUACCUACUACCAACAGUAACUCUCAUAACGAUGAAAAACAGUGUGUAUAAAGCUUUCAAAUAAGAUACUAUCAUACUUAAACACAAUGCAAAUAUGCAAAUAAUGCUGAAAUGUUGUUACUUAAUAGAAAUACCUAAAAACUAUUGAUGUACUACCUAAUAACUAAAUUAUUUAUAUGUAUAAAGAAAUACCUAACUAUCAAUGCUUCUACUUUAUGAAUAUAAUUAUAUAACUACCUACUUUAGCUAGUCUAUGUUAUAUUGUAUAAGUAACUUAAUUAUACCUAGUGCAUAAUUACCAAUUACCUAUACCUAUGUAAAUGACUUGUAAUAUUAUUUAAGUUAUUACCAAUAAAUGAUUGAAUUGAA